AAGUGUCUGAAGCCACAUUUUAACUCAGAAAAGUGAGUCUUCAUGACUCCAAGCCCAGGACUCUAUUCACUAUGCCACUUAGCUAACCCAUAUGUACACAUAUACAUAUAUACACAUAUGUAGAUCUAUUACAAUGGGAAGUGUUUAAAGUAGAUAGUAAGGAUGGCCAGAGUGGAGAUAGCAUGGGGUGAAAAUGAGCCUGCUUCUGGUGUAGAAUGGAAAGAUGCUUGGGGAAAUGACUGAAGAAGGAAGAGAGUAGUCAAAUUUACUAAUUAUCUUCAAUUGUACUUACUGUACAGUGGAAAGAAGACUGGAUUUACUGAUUGAGGAUCCAAGCUCAAAUCUUGACAUGACAACUUAUUAGAUCUGUGACCUAAAGCAAAUCAAUUUAGCUCUUUAUCUCAUUUGUAAAAUGACAGGUUCAGCCUAGAAGAUUUCUAAAGUCCCUCUCACUUCCACCUCUAUGAUACAAUGACCUGACCUGUUUGUUCAAGUUAAGAUCAAUCAAGUUGGUUGAAUGUGUAUAGACCCAGUCAGAGAAGUGACUAUAAUGACAGGCUUCUCUGGAGCUUGACUUCUAGAGGUCUUAUGGAUUGGUGUUUGGGGACAGCACAUGUAGCCAAUGAGAAUGGAGAUUGGUAGAUGAGCAACCAAUGAGAGUCAUGGGGAUGUCAGCUCCAUACUGGUCAGUUGGCCUCUAGGUUGUGGUUAACUGACCUUGUGGAGCCAAGCUUCUCUUCAUGUGCUGUUAACUGGGCUUUUACUUUAUUUCAGCUCUGGGAUACCUUGGAAUUGGAAGGAAAUAUUCGUGCUCUUGGUAGACCAGAGAAGGGUAGUAAGGGGAGUAGAGUUAGCAGUGACUAAUUAUAUCAAAUUUCAAAGUGGGAUUGGAAAAGCAGAUAUAAAAAUGAACGACUUUGAAGAAAACAUUAGCAUGCCGAAUCCUGACUUAAUCUGUGGGAGGAUAGAUGAAGUAACCUCGUCAGAACCACAUUUUAUGCUGCUGCUAUUUUUCAUCAUUUUUGUGGCAGGAAUGUUGAAGGUUGUUCUAAGAAAUUACGAACCAGCUAUCUUGACACUUCUUUCUCUUUUUGGAUUUUGCAUAGGACUUCUGGGCCGCCAAUUUAAUGAGGUGCAACAACUUCUCUACCCUCUUCUAAAAACAAAUAAUUAUGUAUUUUUAAAUAUUUUCUUACCAUUAAUGACCUUUAUGGCUGCUUUGGAAAUGGAUUUUUAUAUACUCAAGAAUAUGUUUUGGCAGAUCUUAAUAACUGGAUUAACUAGCUUUGUUACAGCAUUCGUUUUUAUUGGAUAUAUCGUUGUGAAAUUAAAUAAAUAUACAUGGAAUGUUCAAUCUUGCUUGCUCUUUAGUAUUACUAUAGGCAUCACAGAUCCUCUUCAGUCUGUGCAUCCCUUGAAAGGUAUAGGUGUUUCCAAAAUAUUAAUUGAUAUUAUUAGAGGAGAAUCACUGAUCAGCUGUGGUGUCAGUUUUGUAUUUUUUGGAAUUUAUAGAAUUUUUGGAAGAAAGACUUCAGCUUUCAAAGAAUUAUACACAUUAGGAAGUGUGGUUACAGACAUUAUUGCAAGUGGUAUAUGGGGAUUUUGGAGUGCAAAAAUUCUCCAAUACAUGCUGGCGGACAUAUUUGGUGAUACAGUAACUAAUGUCACUCUUUGCUUCUCAAUGGCAUACUUGACUUUCUAUGUUGCUGAAUUUCUGGGACUCUCAGGAAUUAUUUCUGUAAUUUCUCUUGGGCUCCUUUUAGAUUCCUUAAGCUUUAGGCCAGGGACUGAUAUCACAAUUACCAAGUUCUUGUUCAUCAUGACAUUUUCAUGUCAAGCUUUUAUAUUCACUUUCAUGGGCAUUGUCAUUGGGUGUGAAAAUAUUAGGGAGAUAGAGUUUCACAGCCUCUCGUUCAUCAUAAUCUUAUUUGUGACAGUGAAUGCAACAAGGAUGUUAACUAUUCUGCUAGUAAGUCCUGUAUUAUUACAUUCUUGUUAUGAAUUCAGUUGGAGGUGGGGAAUCAUGCUCAUCUGUGCUGGCAUUAAGGGAUCUUUUAAUUUAAUCCUGGCUCCUGAUAUCUAUAACUUGAGUCAAGAGAAAAUAGUUUUACCACAACUGUUUCUAAUCUAUGUACUGGCUAUGUCCAUCAUGACUAUGAUAAUAAAUUCAGCCAUGGUGACUCACUCAGCAGUGACAUUAGGUCUUUGUGUUAUUUCCCUCCCAAGACAUAUGGCAAUGCAAAAUGCUAUUCUGCACAUACAAGAAGUGAUAAAUAAUACAAUUAUGUUAUCUAAAACAGAAAACAUUUUGACAAAUAUUCUUUGGUCCAUAGUAGAAGAAAAAACCAAAAUUGAAUACCCUUCUUUUUUUUUAGGAAAUGAUGAAAAAAGUGACACAUUUCCAACAGAUGAAGUUUUAAUAGAAGAGGCCAGAUUGCAUGUAGCUAUAAUACAGAUGAGUAGCUUUGAAACACAAUAUAAAGAUGGAAGCCUCCCUGAAGCAGCAGCCCGGAUAUUAAUUGGAGCAUCCAAAAACUAUGGGACUGUCCAAGGAAAAUUCAUGAGUAUUUAUGAUGUCACCACUUAUGAAAAAACUAGAAGCUGGCUUAUUAAAGUUAAAAAUAUGCUAGUUUUUUUGUCAUCUCAAAAAGACAAGAUUAAUUUUUUCCCACCUGAGAAGUCUAAAUUUAUGGGUUUUAUAUAUAAAAUUGUAUUUUCGGAGGAGUUUCAAUAUACGGGAUACAUUGUCACAUUAUUAUACUUCUUUCCCAUGAUAAUGCAUUUAUGGCCAACUGUAAGAGAUUCCCAUGUGAGAGGACUAAUUAUAGUAAACUACUAUUUUGUUUUCUUGUGCAUAAUAGAAGCAACACUAAAGAUACUGAUUAUGAGAAACAGAUAUUUUUAUGAGAGUUGGAACCGGCUGGAAUUUUACACCAUCAUUUUUGGACUCAUCGAUAUCAUUUGCAUACACUUAGUCAGAGAGAAGCCACGCGAUAUUGUCCUUAUUCAAUGUUCAGUAAUAUUAGGAUUUUUCAGAAUAAUAAGAUUUUUUCGCAUUUUUAAGAUGGUGCUACCAACGCUGAUUAAUAUCAUUGAGGAAAUCAUCAAAAAGCGUCUUAGUUUGAUGUAUUCGAUUACAAAAGGCUAUAUCCAAAGUCUAGAGGAUACAAAAUUCUUAAUUAAACAGAUUUCUUCUCGUGAAUCAAUAUUUCAGAAACUUUAUGAAAUUUUGGAAAUGAACAGGCGUGAUGCUGUCAAAGAACUAGGCCUGAUAGAACAUGAGUGCCGAGAAGUUGUCAUUGCCUUAAAGACCAAGCAGGCUAUCCGAAACGUGCUUGGGAAAGCACUGAAAAAUCUGCGAUUCCUUUGGUCGAGGGGUAUAAUUGAUAAAAUUGAAGGAAUCAACAUGAACAAGCUAUUUCUUGGCAAAAUAAAAUCGCUGAACAACUUUCCCAUGACCGUCCCUCCCCCUACUCCUGAGAAGUUCCUUCACAAUAUUGUCUGGCUGGAGGAUAAAGAUGUUCUCAUUGAAUUCUUUAAGGAAAAAGCCCAACUUGCAUGUUUUGACUAUGGAGAUAUCAUAUGUAAAGAGGGUGAUAUGCCACAAGGACUUUACUUGAUUAUUUCAGGAAUGUCAAGUCUGUAUGGCUCACUUCUUCACUUCGGAAUUGAUCCUAAACUGAGAACAUUGGCCCAUUUACCCCGAACACCAUACACGGAAUACCUCACCAGUGGCGACAUAAUAGGAGAGUUGAGCUGUCUGCUUAAAAGAGAAAUGGGUUAUACAGCUACCUGUGAAACUAUUUUGCAGGCCUGUUUUAUCUCUCUAGAAGACUUAUAUGAAGGUUUUGAUAUCUUUUGGUCAUUCUUAGAAUAUAAAAUAUGGUUGAAAGUUGCAAUCAGCAUAGCAAAUCACCAUAUAAAGGAAGGCAUAAUGGGUGAGGAAUUAACGUAUCAGCGUUGUUUGGAAAAGAAUAAUGCCUAUUUGGAAAAUUUAUCAAGAUACAGUGAGCUCACUAUUUACAACGACACGAUGCUCCACGUCCUCAUUGUAUAUGGAAGCGUGUUGAAUGUUGCGACUGAUGAACAACAUUUUGCUCCCAGCCGAAUACCUUCAACGUGUUUUCAGAUUCAAGGUACCUCUAAUAUAAAUAAACUGCUGAUCAUACAAAAAGAAAAUGCUACUAGGAAGGGGAAAAGUUCAGACAAGGAGGAGUACUAUGAUUCUGGGAAAUUCGCGUAUUAUACCAAAAAAUAUGCAGACGGUUAAGAAAAGAGGAACGGAUGAAUCCAGCCAGUCGUUUAAGGAAAUAAAUCUGCUGCUUGGAGCUUUCUGCCUCUGCUUACUACAGACUACCCUAUUCAAUGGCCCAAAAGUCUCUCUCAAGAGUUUUCUUAGAAUUUGCUGAAGCCAAUCACUGCUGCGUGCUUUUUGGGGAAGGAAUGGUGAUGGUUAGUUCAGAAAAACGAGUUCAUAUUGUCCAGUAAUGAGCAGUGGCUGUGACAUUGAUUCCUGGACUCGCUGCUAGCAAUCUCUUUUUCUAGCCUUAGUUCUUUGGUUCUGUUUUCCUAAUUUAGUAUUAGAAGGGACUUCUGUCACAUCAACUUGGCUUCUAAACGCAGCUUUAAAGAGUUAGAUGGUUAACAUAUUUAGUUUUUAGUAUUUUAACUUUUAAUUUUAAAAUGUAACUUUUUUUUAUUUUUUGAGUAAAGCCAAUUAAAAAUGCAAA